AUGGCAGAGCCUGCCAUCUUUAGGCUUCCAGAUCCUGGGGACGGUGAGCUUGAGGACAGAGAGUCCGAGUCAGAGGCCGAGGAAGCUCCCAGGGCUCCCAGGUCUGCAGGUGCCCUGCGGACUGUUCGAUAUAGGGACAGACUUCGAAAUGCUUCCCGUGCAGAGGUUUUGUUUCUGUAUGCGAAAACCUGUGGCGACGAAUCAGAAUCUCUGGGCACCGCUGCUGCAGGGAAUUAUUUGUUUUGUGUUGCUGAGCUUGGGGGAAAAUGCAUCAAGCCGUUGGGUGCCCAAGAGCACUUGCAGCAGCAAGAUACUUGGCGAGCUCGGCGUCAGAAACGUCGCGAUCGAGAUUUCGCCGCUAAGCAGAUGUCCCUCCAGAACCAGACAACCCGAAACCAGAUGUUCAAGUGCUGUUUGAAGUCUCUUUUUCGUUUCAGGGCAGCUGUCCAGUUGGGGCCUGCCCAGGCUGCAGUGGCAGGUGCCUGGUGCCGGGCACCUGCAGCUGCUAACCAGGGUGCGGUGACUCCUGUUCCUGCGAUGCCCGCCUUGGCUGGCAGGUUGGCGGUUUUGCCUGCAGGGCAAGCGCAAUGGGUUUUUCAAGCUGCUGCGCCAAGCGUCAUCUUCGAAGCCGUUGCAGAUCGCCAGGGCCUUUACACUUGCUUUGCAGACGGACAGGCGGCGGAGCCUGAAGUAGGCACUGCGAGGCGUUACCUAGGGCGUCCUUUCUGGAUGGUUCGCUUGCCACCAACUGUCAUGAAGCAUUUGAUGGAGAUAGGCAAGGAGUUCGUGGUUCCUGGUGGGCUUGUGACUUCUUUGGGGCACCAGUUGCCCGGAACCGUUCCUGCUGCGGCAGAAGGAAGCCCCAGUGAUGGUGCCGACAGUGGUUCCUCUUCCUCCUGCGAGAUGAAGAAAGUGCGCAGGCCGGCCAUGCAAGAAAUCCUGUUGGGAAAGCUCGCUUACAAGCUCAGCUCAACGGUAGGCAUUCAAGAUGUGGUUCGCACCGUCCUUCGAAUGUUAGUGCCAGAUAGUUUAGGUCUGGCAGACAACAUGAAAGUGUCGCAUGGGCAUGUGCGGAAUAUCUUGCUAAAGCUUGAUGCCUUGCAUUCCUUGUCUCGCCGGUUCCUUGCCCCACCAGGUGGUGGGGCAGACAAGUCGCUGCGAAUUGUCAGGUACAUCAGUCCUGACAGUUCCCCGCAAGCGAAUUAUGAUUAUUUUUGUGCGACAGAAGAGUUGCUGCUCUAUCGUUCCGACGAGCUUCCAAGGGAUGCGGGUGGAAAUGUAGCUCCUUUCAAAGGGUUUGAACACCAGAGGCGUUCGAUGUUGUGUACAACAAUUGCGAGAGGACAAGGAAGCACAGCUUCGAAGGCAAGCAAGAUGGUACAUAUGAUUGCCGUUGAGAGUGGUGCGUCUCUCUUUGAGACGUAUCGUUCGGAAGUUCGGGGCUUCUUAAGCGAUCAAGGAACGGAGCGAGGCAUAGCAUCGUUUCCAGUCCGCAGUUGCUCUGAGGUCCAGAGUAUUGUGGGCGCUCAAGCUUUGGCGAGCGAGGCAAUACAGGAGGAUUUUCGUGAAUUGCCGCUCUUUCAUUCCGCUCUACACAUACCGGGAACACUACACAUAGUGUUUAACGCACUGGAAUUCAGCUUGAAGCAGCUUGAAACCUGGCAAAAAUUCGAGAAACAGUUGAACAGCAUCACCCGUGUGUGCAAAGAAAAGAGUUACUCAGAAGUAAUUCUUGUGAGAAUGAUGAAGCAUGCGAGCCCCGAGGAGAGACGGUUGUUGCAUCGGAUGGAUGACCUCUUAGACUGGAGGUGGGAUUCGCUCGCAAGAGUGCUGAAGGUUUGGGUUCCUCUAUAUCCCACCUUCAAGAAAUAUUGGAACCCAGCUGUUUUUGGUGGGGACAGCUCGUCAGUCACAAUUCGAGCUGUGACGGAAGCGUUGGCAGACGAGUGCCAUUUCGACAUGGCAGUGUGGACGCAUCAGUUCUCUGCCGAGGCCACCAGGCUGGCCCACUUUUUCGAGGGUUGUCACUGCCAUCAGGAGCAGCUGACAGACCCAGAAAACCGGGAAAAGAUAAACUGUUGUUGGAAAGGCAGGCGCUUGCCUUGGCUUGCGGUUGGUAAUCUCCAGGGAGCUUUGCAAGAUGCCAUGACAAACAACGAGAUUAGUGUUCUUGCGCAUCUCUUGUCUCGUUCUAGUGAAACUGCAAGUCGGAUGGCGCACAUGGCGGACACGUGCAACAAAGUAUUUGUUGCCGUUAUCCAGCAAAAGCUUGCGUAUGCUCAGCAAGUACCAUGGGUGUUUGCCGCAGCGUUUGCGGGGUAUAUGGGCGAGACUUGGGGCCGAGUGAAAAAGGUUCUUCGGCCACAUCUUCAGAACGUUGACAACAUGAUCUCCAGUGGCCAAGUCGGCGCUCUAGACUCUGUUACACAUGCUUUGUUUGGACCAACCGACACAGGCCGCAUGCUCCGAGAGUUUCUGAACUCGGAGGAUGACGUGCCCCUUGAUCGAUGGCCAGCGUUGUUUUGGAGAGUACAGGAAUAUGCCUUUGUUUCUUUGUCCGAGCGACACACGGAGAGAGAGCAUGUCGGUGUCAAGGUUGCAGCAAACCGUGGUCUCACAAAGGCUGGGCCUGCAGUUGUCUGCAGCCGCAAGCGCAGAGAUCAAGUGUUGGAGAUGCUGGAAGAUGAGAAACAGCUCGCUUUCUUGGUCAACAAUUGGCGCAGCAGGCGCCUUUGGAGUAGCCUGCUGGAGCACAUGCUCACUCACGAAGAGGUUCGACUUAUGGACACGCCAAAGAGGCUUUCCCGCUUGUACGGGUAUAGCGAGGAAGACCACUUCAAAGAUUGCGAGGACUCUGUUCGUGCUGAUGCCGUUUACCGCCAAACUUUGAGAGAUCAGACUUUGUUACUGGCCGGAAGCUUCAAGCUUCCGAGUGCUUCCCACCAGGUAGUGAACUGGCUGAAAGGCCAUUUGGCGACGGGCGUGUUUUUCAGUGUGUCCACGCAUGUCUUUGAGCUACUUGUCGACAGGGGUCGGAGAUGUGAAGACCCAGCCGCAUCCUUCAGAACCGACGUGCUGCUGUCUAUUCUGCGAGCCGACGUCCACCCUCGGGUAAGUGAUCGUGCUUCGGUUUUCUGCUCGGUGCUGGAUGCCAGGCCAGAAGCAAGAACGGAUGCUCGUGUUUCGCGACCUGCUGCACACAUCACAGACCCGAAGCUAGGCCGCCGCAGCUGUGUGGUUGUGCAGCGUUUCCACGACGUGGAUGUUUCCCAGGGCGUGCACGGCCUUGGUGGAGAUGUGCGGGUGGCGUGCACGAAUGUGCGGAUCGAGGUUCUCGACUUGGCACGGGUGUGCACAGCAGAGAACUUGAAAGCCUUUUGUGCAAACUGUUUGCUCUGGCGUGCUAUGCCUGCGGAACUGGCCUUGGCUCUGGGAGACGAGUCCACGCAGCCAGGUUUGCUGCAGGAGCCGCAAGUGCAGAAACUUCCAGAGAUUGUCUUAGACAGCGAUCCUGCCUGCUUGUUGAGUCGACCGCCUCCGGAUCCGCAUGUGGAAGAUGCCCUCGACAUCCUGCACCCCCCUGCCCAUGUCGUGCAGAAUGCGGACGACUCUGCGGUGCUGCAGGUCUACGGUGCUCCGUGUAGCGACCGAGAAAUGCAAGCUAUCAAAGAGUUGCUGCGAGCAAGGGCCAUCGGCAUUGAAUCUGCUGUGUAUGCCACAGACCUUGAACACUUCGAUGCUGUUGCACUGGAAGGCUUGCGUGACCGAGGUCUUGUCAUCUGCGAGACUGAUAUGUUCUCAGAUGUAUCCGUCGCCUUGACGGGCAAGUUGACCUACAGUGCAAGCUUGGUGCUGGCACGGCCAUUGUUGCUUUGGGAGCUUGACCAAACGACUUUGACUCGAGGCCAGAUGCCAGGCCGAUCAAAGUUGGAGUUAAUUCGUUUGUUGUUUGUCUUGGGCUGGGAGCCAGGGCUGGGCCGGGAAGCGUGGCAUCGCAAGCAGGGAGAGAAACGUCUUCCAGAUGACGUUCUAGUUUGCAGCCUCCCCUUCCUCAGAGCUUUGAUGCUGAGUCGGCUUAUAUGGGAAAAGCCCGGCAACUUGUCGGGCAUUUACUUGAAAGGCCCCCAGCAGUAUUAUGAGUUCUUGGUGGAUCAGGACGAUCUCAGCAGCUUGCGGGAUGCUUCUGCAGAGGAAAUCAAUGCUCGGUUCGCGCAGAAGAAAAAAAGACCUGCUGGCCGCAGCUUGACAAGAGAUGCGGCUACAGGUCUGGAGCUUGACCCAGAGGCUGAUGAUGCCGAGUUAGAAGAGCUUGUGCAAGAGCUGCCUGAAAAGCUCAUGCAAGCAGAAGAGCCGCAGCCAAGCAUGGCCAGCGGUGGUAGACGUGUCGCUCCUCUAGAAAUCGACUUGGGCGGGCUGCUGCCUUUUUGCUUGCUUGGCAAAUGCGAGCAGCUCACCACCGCAGAGCUGAAGCUCACAUUGCGGUGGGUGCCGGUGGUCUACAACCAGUGGGGCGAGGCGCAGCUCCCACACCGGCCGCCUGCGCUGUUGCCGCCGCAUCCGCCGGCGGCGGCGGCCCCUUUUGCUGGCGCGGGUGCAGCCCACGGUGCAGCCACAGGUGGCGGUGUUGCUGCUAACCCCUCGGGGGCUGCAGCAAUGCCGGCGCCGAAAAAAAAUCCUGGCCAGGUGGACCUAAGCAGCGAGGAUGACGACGAGGAGUCUGAGGAGGAGGAGGCGGCUAAGAAGGACGAGGACAAGGAGCCGGACUCCCAGUCGCGGAAGGAUGAUAUCGUGGUGGUGGACCACGACCAGGAGAAGAAGAAAGAAGAAAAGGGUGGCAAAAAGGAGGAGGCUGCUCAGAAGCGCAAGAAGAAGAAGGAGAGCAGCUCUUCCAGCGGAGGCAACAGUGAGUCCUCCAGCAAGAAAGAAAAGCCCCGUGCAGCCCCCGCUGCCAAGGAGGCCAAGCAGGCACACGAGGCCCAGGCCGACGAGAAAGAGAGCGGCAAGGCCAAGGAGCCCAAGGAAGACAAGGAGGCGGAGGCGGCGGAGGGCGAGCCUGCAGCGCGGCCUGCGAGGAAGAACCGCAGCCGGCACUCAGCGGACGAGGCAGAUGUCGUUCGCUGCGAGCACUGCUGGAUGUGUGUGAAGAAAGAAGGCCUGCAAAGCCACCUGGAGAACAGCGAAUACUGCCGCCAGUGGCGGCUCCACGCCGCCGGCCAAAAUGUGGCCGGCCAAAAGCCUGCGGAAGAGCAGGCGAGCUCGGGUGCGUGCCAGUGCAGACACUGCUCACGGCAGUUCAUGCGCAGGUGGGACAUGCUGCAGCACUGCCUGGGCACGCACCCGAACUCCGACGAGGCUAAGGAAUGCUUGCAGGCCAUGCACAAUAAGCGGAAGAAGCAGCCAUCAAAGGAGGACCGGGCGGCUAGCAUGAGCCAACACAGGCCGCCGGUGCAGCUGCGGAGCAGGGGGCGUGUGGAGGAGCCGCCGCACAGACGUGGCCCGCGGCGUGAAGAGAGCCGAGAUGAUGAUGGCAGCCGUGGGCGGCGGAGAAGCCGUGGUGAGAGCCGCCAGAGCCGUGGCCAGGCAAGCUCUCGAGGCGGCGGCCAGGCAAGCUCUCGGGGGAGCCGCAAAGGCGGCGGCCAGGCAAGCUCUCGAGGGAGCCGCAAGAGCUCCCGCGGCAGCGAGCACAUGGACCGACGCUUCUCGGGCCGCUCCCGCAGCCGCAGGGCGAGCGAGCCUGCGGCAAGCUCCGGCCGCCGUGGGCGCGAUUCGCGGAAGGAGCCGACAGGGCAGCUAGGCCGCAGCAAAUCAUCGCCAAGGGAUUGGGCCAUGGUGGCGGGUCAGAGCCAGAGCCCUCAGAUCCCCCAGAUGAUGCUGGCCUUUUUCGAUGCCACCACGAAGCCAUGCGCAGCCUACGAUUUCAACAUGGACUUGGAAGGCUCGCGUGGCUGUCUUCUGUUUUUCAUUCUGGAAAACAGCUCACAUUUGGCUGAUGCCAACCAUGCUGAGUUUCUGAAUGAGAUGCUCUUGAGACUUGAAGUGUCACUGCCAUAUUUUUUGGUAGACACCGUGAAAAAGGAUGCUGCGGAGUUUCUGCCAGUCAAGAGAGGUCGUUUUUUCAUCAGAGGGCUAAGGAGAGACUGCCUGCCAGACCCCAUGCAGGCGUUCCUCCCUGCCCCCCUGUGCUGCACGGAUCUGCUCCCGGCAGUCACACUGGAAGAGAUUUUGGAUCUGAGCUUGGCUGCGACCGAUGUGCAGAGUUUGUGUGCAGGGCACGCUGCUAACCUCACAUUGUACAAGCAGACCAUAUCUCAGUGCAUCGAAGAGCAUCGUGCCCAAGGCAAGCCGCUGCCCUCGAACACGGUUGUUGUGGAGCUCGACCGAAACCCCUUGAGAACUUUCGGCGGGAAGUGGGGUUGGGGCAAGAUCCCAUCACUGAGGACUACGGGGCCACCUUUGUUUCUUCUGAGUUGCGAGGACUUGUCGAGGCCAUGGCAGGUCAUGCGACUGCACAGGUGGCUCAGCAUCGCUGAGCGGUGCAGCGCUCUGGGGCAGCGUGCAAGCCACGCGGCCUUGUUCUCGAGAGACACCCAUGCCCUGCAUGCGAUCGGGAACGCUCUCUCGCCAGUGCAGCUGGCCGCUGUUGCCUCGCCGCUCGUGGAGGCAGCGGUCAACUCUGGCGUGCUCACUGCAGGCAACCGUUGCAAAGCCUGCGCAGUGGAGCUUCUGCCGCACACGAAGCCACCGGGUACAUCAGCCAACAGGGUUCGAAAGCCAAGGGCUCCAACUGAAGAGGAAGCUCCAAAGACUCUGCCUCGUGACACCAGCGCAAAGCCAGAGGCUUCAGCUGAAGAGGAAGCCCCAAAGACUCUGCCUCGUGACACCAGCACAAAGCCAGAGGCUUCAGCUGAAGAGGAAGCCCCAAAGACUCUGCCUCGUGACACCAGCACAAAGCCGGAGGCUUCAGCUGAAGAGGAAGCCCCAAAGACUCUGCCUCGUGACACCAGCACAAAGCCGGAGGCUUCAGCUGAAGAGGAAGCCCCAAAGACUCUGCCUCGUGACACCAGCACAGCUGGUUUAGAUGGCACCCAGGACUUACCACGUCACCAGCCAGAAGGCAGCACCCAGGACUUACCACGUCACCAGCCAGAAGGCAGCACCCAGGACUUACCACGUCACCAGUCCGAUGACUUGGAGCUAGAGCUUGAGCGACUGGUUGACGAGCUUUUUUCGGAUGAUGAUCCGGGCAUGGACGUUGAUGAUGCUGCGCCACAGAGUCCACUCGUCCUGAGUGAGAAAGCAACACACCUCUUCGAGUGUUUGGCUAAAGCCAAAGCUUCAUCCAAAAACUGGCUCUCGCCAGCAAGCAAGAGCUCCAAGAACGUGUGCGGAAGAGACAAGCAUCUUGACGAGCUACCCAACUGGAAGGAACUGCUUGAGGCGGAUCUGCUCCUGCUGUUCGUCCACAGACCGGAGGCCAAGAAAGCUCGAAAAAGCGCUGAGGCCCUGAGGGGAAGCGUGGCCAAGAUGGGUUCCUCGGAGCGUGCCCAGUGGACCUUCGCAACGGCAGUGGGGGCCUUGGAAGAGACUCGCCAGACUGGGAAAUUGCAGCGGCUCACGAUACAUGAUGCUAUGGCAGCCUACGAGCAGCGCUGCACAGAUCCGGACGUUGUGACCAAGGAGAUCAACGGGCGGACUGACCUUGGCGAUGGCGAGCAGCUUGAUGGUUUCGAAGAGGAAAUCGGACCUCGCAUGAAACGUGCUUCUGACAAGCUCCAAACAGAGCGGCUUCUGUCAGAGCAGCAGGGCAAGCAGGCCUACGUUCCGGCCGUCGCGGUGCGACGAGAUUUGGAGCAAGAGAAGGAAGUUGCUGAGAACAGAGCUGCUGAAUUUCAGCAGCAAGCCUUGGCACUCAAGGAGAAAGCUGAUCAAAAGAGGAAAGAGUUGAAGGAGAAGCAAGCAACCCAGCUUCCCUCCUUGGCAGUGGCAAAGCUCAGCCUCACCAACGCUAUCCACAAGGCAAAUGCUUCGAUGUCCGAGCUGUUGAAGCGUCAGAAGGCCACAGCAGACACCUU